AUGUCGGAAAUCGGGGGCAACUCCGAACCAACUUACAGAUUGGCGCAAGAACGGGAAUUCUACAAAUACAUCCCGCGACAGCAUGCCGCAACACAUUACGCCCCGUUCGACAAUGCCAGCGAGAAUACCUUCACCCCACAGCCCUCCAACGAGUCAGCCUUGACUAUCUUCGCCCAGCUGGGUGCCAUCCGCCUUGGAACCGAGCGCGCCCUGAUCUCGCUCUUCGAUCGCACACACCAACAUGUCAUCGCGGAAGCAACCCCGACCCUGAGUUUGACUGGCGGCGGAAUCAGAGAUCCUGGCGAUCGCCUGAUACUGGGAUGCUGCGUGUUGCCCAAGGAAAGGGGGUUUUGCCACCACGUUGAGCGGUUGCCUUCCCCUGAAUACAACCAAUACAAUGAAGUGGUAGGGGAGGAUACACUGAUUGUCCCUGAUACAUGGGAGAAUGAACAUUUCAACUCCCCCAAGCGACUGAAAGUACUAGCCGGUGUACGAUUUUAUGCGGCGGUCCCAAUCAUAAGCCCCCGAGGUUUCACGAUUGGAGCGUACAGCGUGAUGGAUAGCAAACCGAGGGCGACAGACCUGGAUCAGAACCAUUUCCAAUUUAUGAAAGAUAUGGCUGCGACGGUGAUGGAACACUUGACAUUGGAACAUGAUGCCCAGAAGAACCGACAGGCGGAGCGCAUGAUUGUGGGACUGGGAAGUUUCGUGGAAGGAAGGUCGACCCUGCGCGACUCAUGGCGCGAAGCUCGCGCACAGUAUGCUGCCUCGGAGCAAUCUGGAGAGCCCGUAGAGGGUCAGUUGAACAUUGAGCAACAGAAUCUCCAGCAGGCAAAGCAGGAUCAAGCAGUUCAAAGCCUUCCAUUCCGCCCACCUGGAAACUCGACACCUGAGUCGAGAUCGAGAUCAUCCACACCCCGAGCACAAGGAAACUCCCAAGGGAGAUCCAAGGGGGACCCGAACCCCACCGACUCGAAACCAAAACCACAAAUAACCCAGAAUGGCAAUUCAGUGCGAAGUGUUCUCGCAGGUGAAAGUCUUCAGGAUACAACCUUGUCAACCAGCAUCAAACAGAUCUUCUCUCGCGCUGCGAACUUGAUUCGGGAAUCACUCGGGGCAGAAGGUGUCAUGUUCCUAGAUGCCAACAGUCAACGUUUCGGUAGUCUGGUCAAACAGAACCGGCGCAGGGUUUCAGGUCUCCCUUCGAAAGACCCUUCUUCAAGUAGCGACGAGAGUACAGACUCGGCGAGCUCCCACAGGAGAGGUUACUCAGAUGAAGAGAAAGACAAUACACUGGUUUCCGAAUGCUUGGGAUUUUCGAGCUCCAGGUUGUCUAGCAUCGAUGAUGAAACACGGGCAGGUCGAGCAGUCGUUGUACCAGAGCCCUUGUUUAGCUCUUUGGUCAAACGUUAUCCGCAUGGCAAAAUAUUCACUUAUAACGCGAACGGCUCAGUGUCUGAAGAUAGCGACAGCUCACGACAGCACUCGGAGCAAGAACCCCCCGAAGAAUUGACUACAACUCGUACCGAGGAACCACGCACCGCAAGCAAAAAACGACGGAAACCGACCUUCCGGCAAGAUGCUGAUAGUUUGAUCAAGAUCUUUGGUGACGCUAGAAACAUUCUUCUUCUUCCGAUCUGGGAUUCCGACAAGGGCAGAUGGUUUGCUGGCACGCUGGUUUGGACCCGCAACCCUGAACAUGUCUUCACCUUCGAGAACGAGACCAUCUUUGUUUCUGCCUUUACCAACAGCAUUAUGGCUGAGAUUCGCCGGGUUGAUGUGGAGUUGGCUGAGAAGGCGAAGACGAAUCUGGUCAGCAGCAUUACACACGAACUCCGAAACCCAUUGCAUGGAAUUCUUGGAACGGCAGAUAUUUUGAGUGACACGGCUAUGAAUGCGCUGCAACAUGGUAUGGUCCACACAAUCGAAUCAUGCGGUCGAACUCUUUUGGAUACCAUCAACAAUUUGCUCGAUCUUACCUUCAUCGACAAGUAUCAAAAGCAGGUUCCCUCAAAGGGAAAAAGAUUCAGAAAGCGGAGCGGGACCUCAGCCAAUUCAAAGCCUUCAACUCGGGGCCCAUCAAAAGAAAUCGGUGAAUCUCUGUCUUAUGAACAUGUCCAACUGGAUUCUGUCCUCGAGGAAGUUGCGGAGUGUGUUUUCGCUGGAUACAGCUUCUACACGAAGCCACAGGCACCGCCGCCAGCCCUGAGUGAAUCUUCCUCCCGGUGGGCUGGACCAAGUACCAAAUCCGAUCCUGUUGGCCCCCACGCGAGCCAAGUCACUAUUAUUUUCGACAUCCAGCCAGACACUGAAUGGGACUUCUGCACGCAUGCUGGCGCUUGGCGAAGAAUAUUGAUGAAUGUGUUCGGCAAUGCACUCAAGUACACAGAGUCUGGUUACAUCUAUCUUGGAUUAAGUUCUGCGCCACAAGGUGGUGAAUCUUCGAACGAUUCGCAUAGCCAGGAUGGCACGGAGUUUGAAGUGACUCUGACAAUCAAAGAUACUGGAAAGGGUAUUGGACCGAAAUUCCUUCAUGAUGGCCUGUUCACUCCGUUUUCUCAAGAAAAUCCGUUGGCCUCUGGAAGCGGAUUAGGAUUGAGCAUCGUUCGACAGGCUGUUGGCUUCCUAGGCGGCUCAAUCGAAAUUGAAUCCACGCAGGAUGUUGGCACUACCCUCACAAUCCGAACUCCGCUUACCCGGGCUCCUGAACCCUCGGAAACAGCAUCCUCAGUCGCCAUGUUCAGCGCUUUACAAAGAUAUACACAGGACAAAACUAUCGGUUUCCUUGGAUUUGGAUCAGACCUCCAGUCUCACCGUGACACAUCCCUUUACGCCUCACUGGACCGUAUGUGUCACCAUUGGUUCGGUCUCACAGCGAGAAAUUUAUCACCCACAGAGGGAGAGGAUGAAAAGUCCGAUUUCUACCUGGCUGUGCAAACGGAAUUAGACAACGAAAGCAUCCAGGGUCGAGAUCUGUUCGGACUGAGUCAAAACCUAGUCAACCGCGAAGGUCGCUCCUCACCUGUCGUGGUCAUUUGCCAGUCGCCGGAAGAAGCCCACAGACUGUUUGUUUCUGCCAAAAGCAGAAAUGAAGAAUCAUACUUCGAGUUCAUAAGUCAACCGUGCGGUCCACGAAAGCUCGCCCGUGCAUUGAAUAUCUGCAUUCAGCGUCAAACCGACGACCGAGAAGGCCGCCCAAGCACCGAUGAACCGACCCGUUGGAUUGAGAUGCCUGAAUCAUCCCACCUGCCAGUGGAUCUUGGUCCCAGUGAUCCACCUAACGAUCGGAUGAAGAUCAGCAAACGGCCCACGGCAGAUACUAUGGGUAGCCCCGACCGCGGGCGUGGUGACGACUCCCGUGAACGCACCCCGGCCGCCAGUCCAAAGGAUACCCGCGGGACCGCAAGCCAUAGUCCAAUGGACACCCAGGACACCCAGGACAUUCCAAACCCGUCGACAGAGGUCACUGAAGACAAUGAACUCUCGGAGCCGCAUGUCCUACUCGUGGAUGACAACCAACUCAAUCUGCAGUUACUUCGUGCCUACACGCAGAAGGAUGGCCAUCAGUACAUGACAGCUACGAACGGAGAAGAGGCUGUACAAGUCUACAAGGCCCACUCAGAUAAACUCAAAGCCGUCAUCAUUGAUAUUUCAAUGCCCAUCAUGGAUGGUUUCGAAGCCUCGAGACAGAUCCGACGCGCCGAGAAGGAAUACCGAAACAAAAACGGCAUAAGUCAAGACACUCCUCGACUCGUUAUCGCAGCUUUGACUGGCCUUGACAGCGCAAGUGCCCAGCAAGAAGCCUUCGGAUCGGGCAUCGACACCUUUUUGAUCAAGCCUGUGAAACGACCGGAUCUACAGGCUAUUUUGAAACAAAUGAGAGCAUGA